AAAUGAAGAACCUCAUCGUUGAUUAAAAAAAAAAAAAAAGAAGCUUCGAGUAGUUUAGAAUCAGAGCGACGCAAAAUGGUUCGCGGCUUAAACCCUAAGAAGGCAAGGAGGAAGAACAAGAAGAAGAGAGAUGCGUCUUCUUCCUCGAUGCCAGCUAGGGUUUGGAAGCCAGGUGUCGAUAAGCUCGAAGAUGGGGAAGAGCUUCAGUGCGACCCUUCUGCUUAUGGGUUCCAUGUUGGCAGGCCCUGUUUGAGUUCAUGUCUGUCUUUGACAUUUCCCAAGACGGCAGUGAAUGGUGAGAAGAUGAUGACAGUGAAUGGGUUGCUCGCCAUGGAUGUGUUAAUUAACCGCAUACUUGCAAUGCCACAGAAUUCUCACAUCUGCGUCUCUUGGGCAGAUUCUGGCCAUGUACAGGUGUGGGACAUGAGCUCUCAUCUUAAUGCUUUAGCCGAGUCAGAAACAGAAGGUAAAGAUGGAACUUCACCGGUUCAUAACCAAGCACCUUCGGUUAACUUUUCCGGCCACAGAAAUGAAGGCUAUGCUGCUAUAGAUUGGAGUCCUGCAACUGCUGGAAGACUUCUUUCCGUAGGAUUCAUUUGUGGGAGUUGUGUUGAAGAUCUACACAGUGGAGUCCAGCUGAAGCUACUGUGUUUGCGUCCGAACAGUGAAGAAUCUGAGAUCACCGAACAGGAAUCGCUCCUUCUGACUCGGGAUUUGCUCCGGGCUGCUAUUUUCAACAUCAGUUACGUCAGAGGCCUCUUCCCUGAGAUGUAUUUUAGCGACAAAUCAGCUCUUGCUUUUGAAAGAGACAUAGGGGUGAACAAUCUUAUGCCCAUGGACGCUGAAUCACGCCGAUUGAUCGACUGGAUGGAGAAAGGUGUGUACCAUGCACUUAAGAGGAAAUACUUGAAGACGCUCAUGUUCUGCAUCUGUGAAUCUGAAACAUCAAAUGGAAAAAUCAUCGAGGAAUACACAUUUUCUUUCGGCUAUUCCGAUUCUGACAGCCAAAGUGUCAUGAUGAACAUCAAUCGUACUGGAAAUGCGAAACAUGGAGCGACUCUUAACUCCACUGCUGCUGACAUUACCCCAAAUCAAAUGAGGAGUUCGGCUUCCAAGAUGGUUUCUACCCUUGGUCAGCUGAUGAAGACUCUUGGCAAAAUGCCAGAUGAGCGUGCCAUAGUGAUGAAGCUUCAGUACCACAAUGCUGUGGCGCCUCCCGAUUACGAGCCACCUCUCUUCCGAGCCUGUGCACAAGAAGAAGCUCAGUAUGCACGGACAGAUAAUCCUCUGACUCUGAGGAAGGAAGUUGGAAAUGUUAACAGCAAACAUCUCGUGUUAACAUUGAAGGUUAAAAGCGUGCUUGACCCCUGUGGGGAUAAAAACGUUGACAUGAAAGUUGAUGAUGACAAGAGCACAGCACCUGAUUCUUUAGUAGAGCCAAGUACACUUGGUACCCUAACAGAGAAAAGAGAUGAUGCUGAUGGAGAGGUCGAUAAAGAUGACACGCAGUUAGCAAGGGUGAAAGACUGGAUCCACUCUCGUCACCAUGAUACUCUGACUCUCACAGAUGUUCUUUCAAACUUCCCGGAUAUCUCACUAGUAAGGAGUUCAGAAAUCAUGGAUAAGCUCGAGAUUGACGGAGUUGUUACGAAAAAGGGGAAGGAGAAGUUUUUAUUUAUUUUUUCUCUCUUUGCAGAUCUCCUGGGAAAGAAGAUGUCUUCCCAAUGGAAGCCUAGGUCAACCAUCAUUGAUUCUCCUUCUGAAUCAAUUAGAAGACACGUGGUGGCCAUAGGUUCAGAGAAUAUCUUCCACAGGCUUCUCAACCUAAACGAUCCUUAUGCUUCAACAUUCACCUCAGUAGUCUCCUACACGCAGAGGAAGAAGGCUACUUUGAUGACCUGGAUGCUGCGCAGGCCCUCAGAGUUUUCUUUUCUGAGAAGCUUCACGAAGAAGACUGCUGCUCGCUCUGCAGCAAACACAGCAGCCACUUUCUCUGUGUUUGCCGUGAUUACUUUUUUUGUAGCAGGUAGUGAUCUCUUUUAUUCCAGGAAAGGGAAGAAGAAGAGAGAUGCAGAGCUUGCUGGUCUCAGGGAUCAAUUCACAGAGAGUCUGAUGGUAGCACACAAGGAGAAUUCUCUUCUCAAAAAGAGAAACGAAGAUCUGGAAGAGAGAGUGAAGGAGAACGCCCACGAGAAUUCUCUUCUCAAAAAGAGAGUUUCUCUUUUGGAGAAGAAGAAGAGCUGGUUCAGCGGUUGGUUUUGA